AAAGCUGGGGUGGCCCUACCCACCGCGGGGCAGGGCUGCCCACCGCCCGAGAGCGCGGCGGGGAGGAGGCGCGUUCCCUCUCCCGGGCGCCUUUGUUCGCUCCGGACUGCGGGCGGGAGCCCCGCGACGGUGGCCUCAGGCUGGCCGCCGCCUAGGUGCGGCAGGUCCAGAUUUCAGGCUGCACUGGAACAUUUUCUUACUCUGGUAGGAGAUCUACACUGGAAACAUCUCUGAAGCCCUCUCAGCAUCUCACCUGUGGCCUACUACACAGGUCUACUAGGUUGCACUUAACUUUCACAAAAAGGAGCACACGGAACAGCGGCAGGAGGCCAAUCCCCGAACUUAAUGAAAGAUGUCAGAGUAGGAGCGUUCUGAUGUGCUAGCGUCCUCACGCUCCCGUGUGUUCCAGCCUUUCGCCAUCUCUGAAAAAAUGGUAUUAGAAGGAAAUAUUCUUUAAAAUAAGAAGCUCCUUUUACAUUAGUAAUGACCAACAUGGACAUCUGUUCUAUAGAAGACAAAGUUCUAUGGUCUUGAAGAAGCAGGUGGCUAUUUAAAACUGUCGCUAAAUAAAAACAGACCUGAAUGGACAUCAGAAUGUUUGUUAGUGGCAGGAGAGUAAAAAAAUGGCAGUUUAUUCAGUUAUUUGCCACUUGUUUUGUACUAAGCCUCAUGUUCUUUUGGGGACCCAUCAAUAAUAACAUUGUGAGCCAUAUGAAGUCCUACUCUUACAGAUACCUCAAAAAUAGCUAUGAAUUUGUGAAUGAUACCCUGUCUCUUAAGCGCAGUGGGGAAGGGGUUCCUCGCUACCAAUACUUGAUUAACCACGAGGAAAAGUGUCAAGCACAAGAUGUCCUGCUCUUACUGUUAAUAAAGACUGCUCCUGAAAACUACCAUCGACGUUCUGCCAUUAGGGAAACGUGGGGAAACGAGAAGUACGUUCGGUCUCAACUGAACGCCAACAUCAAAACUCUGUUUGCCUUAGGAACACCUUCUAACCCACAGAUAAGAGAAAGACUGCAGAGAAGACUGGUUUGGGAAGACCAGAUGUACAGUGAUAUAAUUCAGCAAGACUUUGCUGAUUCAUUCUAUAAUCUUACUCUUAAAUUCCUUCUGCAGUUCAGUUGGGCAAAUAGCUUUUGUCCACAUGCCAAAUUCCUUAUGACUGCUGAUGAUGACAUAUUUAUUCACAUGCCAAAUCUUAUUGAAUACCUUCAAAGUUUAGAACAAAUUGGUGUUCAAGACCUCUGGAUUGGUCGUGUUCAUCGUGGCGCCCCUCCUGUUAGAGACAAAAGCAGCAAGUACUAUGUCUCCUAUGAAAUGUACCAGUGGCCAGCUUACCCUGACUAUACCGCUGGAGCUGCCUAUGUGAUCUCUGGUGAUGUAGCCGCCAAGGUCUAUGAAGCAUCACAGACACUUAACUCCAGUCUUUACAUAGACGAUGUGUUCAUGGGCCUCUGUGCCAAUAAAAUAGGGCUAGUACCACAACACCAUGUGUUUUUCUCUGGGGAAGGUAAAACUCCUUAUCAUCCCUGCAUUUACGAUAAAAUGAUGACCUCUCACGGGCAUGUAGAAGAUCUUCAGGACCUUUGGAAGGAUGCCACAGACCCGAAAGUAAAAACAGUUUCAAAAGGUUUCUGGGGGCAAAUAUACUGCAGAAUAAUUAAGAUAGUUCUCCUUUGCAAAUUGUCCUAUAUGGAUACGUAUCCUUGUAGGGCUGCCUUUGCCUAAUAGUACUUGAAUGUUGUAUGUUUUCACUGUCACUGAGCCAGUCCUGGAUGAAAAACCUUUAAAUGUUUGUCUGUACAAUAAGUGAAAUGAAUACAAAAAACAAAGAAAUAUUUUGAAA